UCAUCUUUCUUUUUCAUUUGUGCUGUGUAGGAACAAAGUUCAAAAUGCAGCUGCAUAUUCGUGGACUAAACACUCACGUUCUGGAUUUCCAGGCCCAGGAAACCAUCGUCGAAAUUAAGGCUCGCGUUGCCGAGAUUGAAAAUGUGGAGGCCGCACAGCUGGUUCUGUCGUGCGAGGGUGCCAUCCUGGGCGAUGAUUCCCUCGUGGGAUCGCUCUCGUCUGCCGAGCUUGAUUUAACCAUUCCACUGCUCGGAGGUAAAGUGCACGGUUCGCUCGCGCGUGCCGGCAAGGUCAAGGGUCAAACGCCGAAGGUCGAAAAGAAAGAAAAGAAGAAGAAGAAGACCGGACGUGCCAAGCGUCGCAUUCAGUACAACCGGAACUUCGCCAACGUUGUGCAGGCCUUCGGACGCCGUCGGGGACCGAACGCCAACUCAACGUAAGCGUGAAAUGUUUGUAAUAAAUACGGAAGGGAAGGAUAAAUAAAGUAAAAGGACGUUCUUUAUAAUGUAAACUGUA